AUGGCGGCGCCGUCGCGGCUCCUGAUCCGCGGGGGUCGAGUGGUCAACGACGACUUCUCGCAGGUGGCCGACGUGCUGGUGGAGGACGGCGUGGUGCGGGCUCUCGGGCAGGACCUGCUGCCGCCCGGGGGCGCGCCCGCGGGGCUGCGGGUCCUGGACGCCGCCGGCAAGCUCGUCCUGCCCGGCGGCAUCGACACUCACACGCACAUGCAGUUCCCUUUCAUGGGCUCGUGCGCCGUCGAUGACUUCCACCAGGGCACCAAGGCUGCUCUGGCAGGAGGCACCACCAUGACCAUGGAUUUCGCUAUCCCUCAGAAAGGAGGUUCCCUUAUCGAGGCCUUCGAGACCUGGCGAAGCUGGGCUGAUCCCAAAGUCUGCUGUGACUACAGCCUUCACGUGGCAGUGACGUGGUGGAGUGACCAGGUGAGCCCCCUGGGUUCCGCUUGUGGAGAGACUCCAGAACAAAUUCGAGCACCAAGGGGUAUAAUCACGAGCCCAGGCUGGCCUUCUGAAAAUCCUGCCAAAAUCAACUCUAGCUGGUUCAUAAGGGCAAACCCAGGGGAAAUCAUUACUAUAAGUUUUCAGGAUUUUGAUAUUCAAGGGUCCAGAAGAUGCAGUUUGGACUGGUUGACGAUAGAAACAUACAAGAAUAUUGAAAAUUACAGAGCUUGUGGUUCCACAAUUCCACCUCCAUAUAUCUCUUCACAAGAUCAUGUCUGGAUCAGGUUUCAUUCAGAGGACAGCAUCUCUAGAAAGGGUUUCAGACUGGAAUAUUUUUCAGGGAAAUCUGAGGAACCAAACUGUGCUUGUGAUCGGUUUCUUCGUUGUGGUAAUGGAAAGUGUAUACCAGAAGCCUGGAAAUGCAAUAACAUGGAUGAGUGUGGAGAUAGUUCCGAUGAAGAGAUCUGUGCCAAAGAAGCGAAUCCUCCAACAGCUGCUGCUUUUCAGCCCUGUGCUUAGAACCAGUUCCAGUGUCUAUCCCGUUUUACCAAAGUUUACGCUUGCCUCCCUGAAUCCUUAAAAUGUGAUGUGAACAUUGACUGCCUUGACCUAGGAGAUGAGAUAGACUGUGAUGUGCCAACUUGUGGGCAAUGGUUAAAAUAUUUUUAUGGUACUUUCAAUUCUCCCAAUUAUCCAGACUUUUAUCUGCCUGGAAGCAAUUGCUCUUGGUUAAUAGACACUGGUGAUCAUAAAGUCAUUUUGAGCUUCACUGACUUUAAACUUGAUGGUACUGGUUAUAGUGACUAUGUCAAAAUAUAUGAUGGAUUAGAGGAAAAUCCACACAAGCUUUUGCAUGUGUUAACAACUGCUUUUGAUUCCCAUGUACCUACAGUUGUUUCUUCUUCUGGACAGAUAAGGGUACAUUUUUGUGCCGAUAAAGUGAACGCUGCAAGGGGAUUUAAUGCUACUUACCAGCUAGAUGGCUUCUGUUUGCCAUGGGAAAUAACCUGCGGAGGUAACUGGAGGUUUUAUACUGAGCAGCAGCGUUGUGAUGGAUAUUGGCAUUGCCCAAAUGGAAGGGAUGAAAUCAAUUGUACCAUGUGCCAAAAGGAAGAAUUUCCAUGUUCCCGAAAUGGUGUGUGUUAUCCUCGUUCUGAUCACUGCUACUAUCAGAAUCAUUGCCCAAAUGGAUCAGAUGAAAAAAACUGCUUAUUUUGCCAGCCAGGAAAUUUUCAUUGUAAAAAUAAUCGUUGUGUGUUUGAAAGCUGGGUAUGUGAUUCUCAAGAUGACUGUGGUGAUGGGAGCGAUGAGGAGAACUGCCCAGGAAUUGUGCCUACCAGAGUCAUAACUGCAGCCGUCAUAGGGAGCCUUAUUUGUGGCUUGUUACUCGUCAUUGCACUGGGAUGUACUUGUAAGCUUUAUUCUCUGAGAAUGUUUGAACGAAGCCACCUGGUGGAGAUCCCCGACUCUCCCGGUGAGGUGUGCAAAGCAGCACCUGCCAGAAUCCACCAGCUGUGGGGGAAGCAUGUGGAAGAUGCUGGUCCCAUCACCACGUGCCAACAGGAUGCCCCAGCUCCUCUGGCUCUGGGAGCAGCAAGAGAAACACCUUCACCAGAGGUUCACUCGACACUGCUGCCGGCUGCACCACAGACCCCAUGUAGCUCUGGACCUGACGCCGCCUCGGGACCCUCACCAGAGGUCCACGCAGCCCUGCUGCAGAGGGCCACGCAGCCCCCACAUGCCUCCACCCCUGAUGCAGCUGCAGGACCCGCACAAGGAGUCUACACAGCCCUGCCGCGGACUGUUCCGCAGCCCCCACCAUUAAAUGAUCACCAUUAA